AUGCCAUCAGGUCAUGACACCGCGGGACAUGUUCCAUCACCGUUUACAUUUUCAUACUAUUCGGCUAAUCAGGUGAAUUGCGCUAACAGUAAUAGUAAUAAUAUGUACAGAUGUCCGGUACCUCAUAUAGCUUCCCAACAAUCUCCUCUUCCUAAUUCGAGUAUUUGUCGAAGAAAU